GGAAUCAAAGCCUAUGGGUUUAUGUGGUAUUUGAGCUUCUUGGCACAGAAGGGGGCUAAAGGAUGAUGGCUUCAUUUCAGCGCUCCAACAGCCACGACAAAGUGCGGAGAAUCGUAGCAGAGGAGGGGCGCACCGCACGGAACCUCAUCGCUUGGAGCGUGCCUCUGGAAAGCAAAGAGGAUGAAGGAAAAUCGAAAUGUCAAGCUGGUGGAAAAUCAAAGAGGACACUUCAGGGUACUCAUAAAACUACUAAGCAGAAUGCUGGAGUCGACUGUAAAAUACCUCCAUCUACAACUGGAGAGAAGCACUUUGAUAAAAGCCCCAUUAAAACAAGGCACCCUCGGAAGAUUGACCUGAGAGCCCGGUACUGGGCGUUUCUGUUUGAUAAUCUUCGCCGAGCCGUGGAUGAGAUCUACGUGACUUGUGAAUCAGAUCAGAGUGUGGUGGAAUGUAAGGAAGUGCUCAUGAUGCUGGAUAACUAUGUUAGAGAUUUCAAAGCGUUGAUUGACUGGAUUCAGCUUCAGGAAAAGCUAGAGAAGACAGAUGCUCAAAGCAGACCAACGUCGUUGGCAUGGGAAGUGAAGAAGAUGUCUCCUGGACGUCACGUGAUUCCAAGUCCAUCAACUGACAGAAUAAGUGUAACAUCAAAUGCUCGAAGAAGCUUAAAUUUUGGGGGCUCACCGGGCACUGUGGCUGCUCCCCGCCUGGCUCCUGCUGGUGUCAGCUGGGCCGACAAGGUAAAGGCUCAUCACACAGGUGCUGUGGUUCCGUCAGAUUCCGUCUCUGCUCAGUCUUGCCCGCCAGUGACCACGCAGAAGGCUUCCCGCAGAAAUGAGCGCAAAGAUGCUGAAGGGUGGGAGACUGUUCAGAGAGGAAGACCUGUGCGCUCACGGUCAACGGUGGUGACGCCGAAAGUUCUGCUAGCAACGGACGUGUCCCGGUCUAAGGAUGAUAGUGACAAGGAAAAUGUGCACCUUUCCCCCACUGAAGCCGUGCAGAAAGGUGAAUUUCCUGGAGAUGGACCUUCUAGUACGCUAGACUCUCGGCCCAAAGACUUGUCACACACUUGUGAUCAUCCUCUUGCUGAAAGAACCCAGUUCACAGCAAGUGCAGUGGAUGAUGUCAAGAACUCUGGCCCUUGUUUCCUUCAAGAGAGUUCUGUGCGAACUUCUGAGAUACCCGCGGUCCACAUUGAUGCAGGGGGUGGCUCAGUUCCUCAGCAAGCUGACGUACCUCCUUUGCAAACCACAGAACACACAUUUUCUGCAGCGAAAGCGAAGAUAGAGAGUGAAAUGGACCCUUCAGAUAUUUCAAAUUCCAUGGCAGAAGUUCUCGCUAAGAAAGAAGAGUUAGCAGAUCGUCUCGAGAAGGCCAAUGAGGAAGCUAUUGCUAGUGCGAUUGCAGAAGAGGAACAGUUAACUAGAGAAAUUGAAGCGGAAGAAAACAAUGACAUUAACAUCGAAACUGACAACGACAGUGAUUUUUCUGCCGGCGUGGGCAGUGGCACUGUGUCUUUCUGUGGUAUGUCUAUGGACUGGAACGAUGUCCUUGCAGAUUAUGAAGCACGUGAAUCGUGGCGCCAAAAUACUUCUUGGGGAGAUAUUGUAGAGGAGGAACCAGCUAGACCUCCAGGACAUGGCAUUCACAUGCAUGAAAAACUGUCCUCGCCAUCUCGUAAAAGGACAAUUGCAGAAUCUAAGAAGAAGCACGAAGAAAAACAAAUGAAAGCACAGCAGCUCCGGGAGAAGCUGCGUGAAGAGAAAGCGCUAAAGCUUCAGAAACUGUUGGAAAGGGAGAAGGAUGUUCGGAAAUGGAAGGAAGAAUUACUAGAUCAACGGCGGAGGAUGAUGGAGGAGAAGUUACUUCAUGCUGAAUUUAAGCGAGAGGUGCAAUUACAGGCAAUUGUCAAAAAGGCACAAGAGGAAGAAGCUAAGGUAAACGAAAUUGCCUUUAUUAAUACCCUGGAAGCACAGAAUAAGCGUCAUGAUGUUUUAUCGAAGUUGAAGGAGUAUGAACAGAGGCUGAAUGAACUGCAGGAAGAGCGUCAGCGGAGACAGGAAGAAAAGCAAGCACGUGACGAAGCUGUCCAGGAACGCAAAAGAGCACUGGAGGCAGAACGCCAGGCCCGUGUAGAGGAGUUGUUAAUGAAGAGGAAAGAACAGGAAGCCCGAAUUGAGCAGCAGAGGCAAGAAAAGGAGAAGGCCCGUGAGGAUGCAGCCCGGGAGAGAGCGAGAGACAGGGAAGAGCGCUUGGCGGCGCUCACCGCUGCUCAGCAAGAAGCGAUGGAAGAGCUACAGAAGAAAAUUCAGCUGAAGCAUGAUGAAAGCAUUCGAAGGCACAUGGAGCAAAUAGAACAAAGAAAAGAAAAAGCAGCCGAGUUAAGCAGUGGACGGCAUGCAAACACGGAUUAUGCCCCCAAACUGACCCCUUACGAGAGAAAGAAGCAGUGCUCCCUCUGCAAUGCCCUGAUCUCUUCAGAGGUCUAUCUUUUCAGUCAUAUCAAAGGGAAGAAGCACCAGCAGGCAGUGCGAGAGAACAGCAGCAUUCAGGGACGGGAACUCUCUGAUGAAGAAGUGGAGCAUCUUUCCUUAAAGAAGUACGUUAUUGACAUUGUGGUCGAGACUGCAGCUCCACCAGAGCCUUCAAAAGAUGGAGAAGAGCGGCAAAAAAAUAAAAAACGAGCCAAAAAGAUAAAGGCCCGGAUGAACUCCAGGGCCAAGGAAUAUGAAACGUUAGUGGACACCACAAAUUCUGGCUCUGACUCGCCUUAUAAAGCAAAGCUUCAGCGAUUAGCCAAAGAUCUUCUAAAACAACUACAGGUUCAAGACAGUGGCUCGGGGGCCACCACGAAGGUUUCUGCAUUAGAUCGGACUCUAGGAGAAGUCGCUAGAAUAUUGGAAAAGGAGAAUGUGGCAGAUCAAAUUGCAUUUCAAGUUGCUGGUGGAUUAACGGCCCUUGAACACAUUCUUCAAGUAGUCCCAGUCACCAGUGCGAACACAGUUUCACGGGUUCCUCCUAAGUCUCUCUGCAAUGCAAUCAGUGUUUACAGCCUCACCUGCAAUAACUGCUCAGAGAACUGCUCCAACGUUCUGUUCAGUAACAAGAUUACCUUCCUAAUGGACCUCUUGAUACACCAGUUGACGGUUUAUGUUCCAGAUGAAAAUAAUGCUAUUUUGGGAAGAAAUACAAAUAAGCAAGUAUUUGAAGGCUUGACAACUGGACUUCUCAAAGUCAGCGUUGUGGUUUUUGACUGCUUAAUUGCCAAUCGACCAGAUGGGAACAGCCGGCCAGAUACACCAAAAAUAUCAACACAGGAAAUGAAAAACAAACCCUCCCAAGGUGAUGCUUUUAACAGUCGCGUUCAAGACCUCAUCAGCUACAUGGUGAACAUCGGGCUCGUGGAGAAGCUGUGCGGCUGCUUCCUGUCGGUGCAGGGCCCCGUGGAUGAGAACCCCAAGAUGGCCUCCUUCCUGCAGCACGCCGUGGGCCUCCUGCGCGGCAUGUGCGCGCUGUGCUUUGCUGUGACCGGAAGGUCCGGUAGCAUCUUUGACAACAGUCGCCAGGAGCCCACGGGGCUGACAGCUGCUCUGCAGGCCACGGACCUGGCUGGAGUCCUGCACAUGCUCUACUGCGUCCUGUUCCACGGCACCAUCGCAGACCCUGGCGCUGCCAGCCCCAAGGAGAGCUACGCUCAGAACACGGUCCAGGUGGCCAUUCAGAGUUUACGUUUCUUCAACAGCUUCGCGGCUCUCGAUCUGCCCACCUUUCAGUCCAUUGUAGGGGCAGAGGGCUUGUCCCUGGCCUUCCGGCACAUCGCCAGCUCCCUCCUGGGCCACUGCAGCCAAGUCUCCUGUGAAAGUCUCCUUCAUGAGGUCAUCGUCUGUGUGGGCUACUUCACUGUCAACCACCCGGAUAACCAGGUCAUCGUUCAGUCCGGCCGCCACCCCACGCUGCUGCAGAAGCUCUGUCAGCUGCCCUUCCAGUAUUUCAGUGACCCCCGCCUGAUCAAAGUGCUGUUCCCUUCGCUUAUCGCUGCCUGUUACGACAACCGCCAGAACAAGAUCAUCCUGGAGCAGGAGAUGAGCUGUGUUUUAUUGGCCACGUUCAUUCAGGAUUUUGCACAGACACCGGGGCAAACAGAUAACCAGUCUUACCAGCCCAAAGGAAAAGGUCUUGGUUCCCAAGACUAUCUUGAGCUUGCUGACAGAUUUCCUCAGCGGGCCUGGGAAGAGGCACGGCAGUUUUUCUUAAAAAAGGAGAAAAAAUAAAUGUUUGGGUUUGUUCUGUAUUUGAGUACCUUUGUUAAUAUUUUAAAUUGUUCAAACAAACCUUCGUUCUUAAGCUCAUUUUCUUAUGUUUAUACUCUCCCCCCUGCACUGUAGAUAUGGUAUAUACUUUGCACUAUUUAUAAUGUCUGUAGAUACUUUAAUGUUCUACUUUCUAAUUCUGCAAGCUGGGUUUGUGUCAUUUCUGCACAAUAUUUUGGAGUUUGAUAAGUGCCACUUUAUGAUAACAUAUUGUUUGCGUUUGUAACAUGGGUACAAUUAGACAUAAAAUUAGUGAGUCUGUGUUGUUCUUUAAUAAAAUAACUUAUUCGGUU